AUGGCUAUCCACGAGGUGUUCAAACGAUUGUUCCCAGAAUCAACAAUGCAAGCAGAUUUCAGUAACCAGUUAUUGUGGUUUAGGGAUGUGAGGGGUACGUUCUCAUCCGCAUUAGCAAAAGCAUCGACUGAAACGAUGAUGUCAUGUAAGUAUGGUAACACAAUUAGAUUUUCUAAGUUGUGCAGAGGCUUUGUAAAGCGAAGAAAAAUUUGUUAUCUUGAAGCAAAGAGAAAAUCUGGCUUACUCAGCCAACAGUUUGAGACGGCUAUUCAGAAGAUGAGGGAACUGGACACGACCGAACCAAAUAACCCACUGGGCUUCACUCAGCAGGCGAAACUACACUGCACCUUCUGCAACGGGGCGUACAGCCAUAAUAAUAAGGAGGCAGCUUCUUUGCAAGUCCACUUCAGCUGGUUCUUCUUGCCGUGGCACCGAUGGUACAUCUACUUCUUCGAGAGGAUCCUAACGAAACUGCUUGAUGACGGUUACCCCGUUAGGCUUCCCUACUGGAACUUUGAUAGCCUUGACGGGAUGGGGUUCCCGGGUAUAUAUGCCAAAACAGAUUCGCCCCUCUAUGACGAGUUACGCAACAAGGACCAUGCACGUGAAGACAACAAACUGGAUCUGUUUUACCCCGAUGACACCAAUUGGCCCGCCAAUACAAAGGAAGAACAGGAACUGAUGAACAGGAACCUGUGCUAUUUCAAAAAGAUCUUCGACGAGACCAAGGAUGAUCCAUUGCAAUUCAUCGGAUGCCCUAUUAGAUCAGGGGAACAGUUUAAUUUUGAUUAUGCUGGUUACCUAGAGAACUUGCACAACGUUGUCCACGUGUGGACGGGGACGACCGAUUCUGAAAAUAAUUACAAUUUCGACUUGGGUAACUUCAUCAGAUCAGCGCGGGACCCUAUCUUCUAUGCACACCACUCGAAUAUGGAUCGCGUGUGGGAAAUCUACAGGGCCCAGAAUAAGGGCUCCACUAAUUUGAAUCACCUCGAAACCAAUGAAACUGACUGGCUGGACUCUUCCUUCGUCUUCUACGACGAGAAUAAAGAGUUGGUGAAAGUGAUGCCCCUGCCCGACUUUUCCUCUAAUCUUCUCGCUUCUCCUUACCGAUUUCAUUCUCACACCUGCAAUCGUUAA